AUGGCUGUGCUAGCGGCUGUGGCGCUGGGCGCGCAGCCAAGAACGAUCCGUGGCGCUCACAUUGGGAGGAAUUCCAGAGAUUUUCCAGCGUCUCGGCGCCUGGAGUUUCUCGGCUUCACAAGGUCUGGAAAGAGAUUGCGCUCCAGCUCCCUAGGGUUUUGCAAGCGCCGUGGUGUGGUAGCCGCCGCGGCUUCUCCAGCUCCAGAAACUACGGAUGCGCGGUAUUCGCAGAAGCUUGUGCUUGUUGUAGGCGCUACUGGUGGUGUAGGGCAGCUUGCGGUCGCGUCUUUGCUCGAGAAAGGUGUAGAAGUUCGUGCGCUGCUGAGAAAUGCUGAGAAAGCUCGAUCGUUGUUUGGCGAUAAGCUACAGGUUGUUGUUGGGGAUACAAGGAAUCCAGAAGAUUUUGUUCCGUCCAUGUUCGAGGGUGUCACUCAUGUUUUAUGCUGCACAGGAACCACCGCGUUUCCAUCCAAGCGCUGGGCUGGAGACAAUACGCCGGAACAAACAGACUGGAUCGGAGUACGCAAUCUCAUUGCUGCAGUUCCCAAAACCAUCCAGAGAUUUGUGUUGGUUUCGUCUGUUGGAGUUACAAAAUGCGAUCAGCUGCCGUGGAAUAUCAUGAACCUGUUUGGAGUGCUCAAGUACAAAAAAAUGGGUGAAGAUUUUUUGAGAAGCUCUGGACUCCCGUACACUAUAAUCAGGCCAGGGAGACUAACUGACGGACCUUACACAUCGUAUGAUCUGAACACGCUGCUAAAGGCAACGUCAGGAACUCGUCGCGACGUUAUCCUUGGCCAAGGUGAUACUCUUGUUGGCGAAGCUAGCAGGAUCAUGGUCGCCGAAGCCUGCAUCCAAGCAAUGGACCUCGAGUGUACGUGUGGCCAAACUUACGAGCUCAACUCAGUCCAGGGGGACGGGCCUGGCUCUGACUGUAACAAAUGGGCCAAGCUUUUCGUAAGCGCAGGCACCGGCACAAACUAAGUGUAGAAACUAUAUAGCGCCAUCGUCGAUCGGUAUGUUGUAAGAUUUCAUAGUUUCGCUGAUAAUAAGUGCUUGUCUCGUGACAAAAUUUCCAA